UCGCGACGGAGCGAGAGAGAGACCACUGACGCACGCACACACGCAAAGAUUAGUUAUCCAACAAAACAUUGCGCGAUAAUUAUCAUAAGGAGCUGCGGUCGCUCGCGCACGAUACAGCUGUCAUUUAGAGACACAUCUUAUUAAAGUGUGGUAGUACAGUGCUCUGCGCUGCUGCUGCUGCGAGGAACAUCGAUAUACAUAUUAUUGUGUGUGGGCUGUGUCAGUGCUUUGACAGUUUCGAGGCGAGGACUCGUUGCUGCUGCUGCUGCUGGGCGCUUGGGAGAGACUCCGAGGCGGCUAGCUCCUCACCGCACUCCGAUCGCAUAUCACCUUCUUCGCAAUAUGUCACAACACACGCCAGCAACAACAGACACUUCUGCUGCAGAAGAAGGCGCAAUGAGUCUACCUGUGGCUCAUCCUACUUGUUCUACAACAGAUAGGCAAGCUAAUAGUUCUGUAAAUAUGGACCAUAACAACGAGGUAGCUCAAGAACCACAGAUCCCAGCAUCUAGGACCCAAAAUGUAGUUAUAAACAUAUCGGAAGCAACUGAAGAAAUACCUCCACCAAAACCAGAUUACUCAGCCCCUCCACCGUACGAAGUAGUUACAAAAUUACCCAGUUACGAGGAAGUACAACGUGAGAAAACUUUACAGGGAGAACCAAUACCAACAACAAUUUUACCCCAAGUACACAUACCUAGUAGUGUAAGACCUUCACAGCAACCAUUAGCAAUAUUGGCCAUAGACACAGAUGGUGUUGAUGGUGAUCCUGAAAGUGGAAUGUUAGGCACUGACUUUAUGUUUUUCACUGCUUUCUUGGUUGCAUUUUUAUUCAAUUGGAUUGGUUUCCUGUUACUCAUGUGCUUUUGCCACACAAUUGCAUCUCGUUAUGGAGCAUUGUCUGGUUUUGGUCUUUCCCUUACAAAAUGGACUCUUAUUGUUAAACAUUCGACUGAUUUAGCAUCUCGAGAAAAUUCUUGGCUGUGGUGGUUAAUUAUGGCAUUUGGUAUAUUGAUCUGCGUCCGUGCCAUUAUUCAAUACCUGAAUAUUAAACGAGGAUGGCGGUUAUUAUCUGGCAGUGCUCAAGAACGUCUGCUUUUUUAUUAUUAGUUGUUCAUGAAGUGAGGAGUUUUUUUUCCCGGAUGAAAUAUGCGUUGCGAUAAGACUAUAUUGUAUGCAGUCAAAAGUCAGGUGUGACAAAUAUGAGGUAAUUUGAUUACCAAGAACACAUCUUACAUUUUCUAGAAAAAUUUUGUGAUUUUUAGAUUUUAUUAAGAAAAUGAAAACCGCACAUUAAAAUUAUUUGGAAAAUCAUAUAAUCUUUCAAAUAACAUUUACAUCCAGUUAUUGUCAAUUUUUGCGUCAAUGUUAGAUUUAUAUCUCUACCAUAUAUAAUUAUUAUUUUAGAUAACAAAUAUAAUGUAUACAUUACAAAACUAUGAAAUUAUGAAUAUUUGUAAAUAUUUUUACAAUUGGUUUAACAGCAAUUGAAUGUUCUUUGUUAAUUAUUUUAUAUAAAUCAAAUGGAAUGAGCGACAAGCAGAAAGUAAAUAUUAAAAUCAAUUUCGAAACUUUCAAAACGUCAAAAAUACAUGACAAACACGAAAAAAUUCUGUUGAAUGGUAAUGGCAAAGUGUUAUUUUAAUGAGCAAUCAAACAAAAAGUAUUCUUUGAAUCUAUAAAAAUGUCAAACAUCCUUUGUAAGUUAAAAGAUAUUAAAGGCUUUCUAGCAAGUUUUA